AUGUCGUCCUCGCUCGAAGGCGCGCUAGAUCCCCCCACAAAAAAGCUCAAGACAGAAGAGGACCGUAAGGUUAUUGGCACCCAUAAUGGGACCUUUCACUGCGAUGAAGCUCUUGCGGUAUUCCUUCUCAAGAGAACAAAGCUGUAUGGGAAUGCAGACGUAACACGAACCCGAGAACCCGCGGUCCUCGAGUCCUGUUCAAUCGUAGUCGACGUUGGAGGAGUCUACGACGAGGGCAAGCAGCGGUUCGAUCAUCACCAGCGGGGCUUUGUCGAGGUCUUUGGGCACGGAUUCGUCACAAAGCUAUCUUCCGCAGGAUUGGUGUACAAGCACUUUGGCAAGGAAAUCAUCGCGAACAGACUGCACACAGCCCCUGAUGAUGCGAAGGUGGAGACGUUAUGGCUCAAGGUGUACAAAGAAUUUAUCGAAGCCAUUGAUGGGAUCGACAAUGGUGUAUCCCAGUACCCCAAAGAUGCGAAGCAGCUAUAUCGCGUCCGAACCGAUGUCUCCAGCCGAGUGGGGCACCUCAACCCGGCCUGGAAUGAGCCUUUCGAUUCUCAAACUGUCGAUGUUAGCAUGUUCCUCCAACGUUCGAAUACGACUAAGGCUGAUGUGAGAGCACAGGCAAGGUUCCUCCAAGCGUCCUCACUGGUUGGCGAAGAGUUCCUGUCGAGGCUAGACUAUUACUCAAAUGCCUGGCUGCCUGCACGCAAUCUUGUGGCUGAAGCAUUGAAGCGUAGAGAUGUAGCUGAUGCUUCAGGGAAGAUAAUUGUAUUUGAACAAUUCUUACCGUGGAAGGAACAUCUUUUUGACCUAGAAACCGAACUACAGAUUUCAGACCCGUCGCAGCCGAUAUAUGUUCUAUAUCCGGAUGAGAGUGGCAACAACUGGCGUGUUCAAGCGGUGCCCAUCGCCCCUGACAGCUUUGAAAGCCGGAAAGCACUUCCUGAAGCGUGGAGAGGGCUGAGAGACAAUGAAUUGUCGCAGGUUUCGGGUGUCGAUGGCGGUAUAUUCGUGCACGCCAGCGGGUUCAUUGGUGCCAUGGCUGAGCUAGGACUCACCGCCUUCCUCAUCAGCGCUGGGAAGGAGAUUCAUACGUGGGCCAGCCCAGGAUACUAUCCGCUUCUAGUUCUCCUCUGCUUUGAGGCUGCAUGGACGGUCCUCUUCGCGGGAGCAUAUAUAUUGUGGGUUGUGGACGGCGCGGUCCACCUGCUGGCCAACGUUGCAAGUUCAGUCAUUUGGCUCCUUCUCACCUCAGUCCUCUGGGGUGCGGCUGCUGGACUGAUGCAUAGUUCGCGCACCAGUGGGAGCUGCCCCGACCGCACAUCGCUUUCGCGGUUCGUCCCCGAAAGGGUUCCAUCUCGCCCACCAUAUGAGCUGAGCGUAUCACCUUCAAGCAGGUGCCGUCAGACCCUGACAGUAGAGGCGCUCGGCUGGACCGAGUUCGCGCUCUGUUGCCUUACCUUGGGCGCGACCCUUGUGUGGCUACGAACUGGCUGGGUAAAGCGAGGCUACGUUCGGGAUUCACGGACGUACGUUUAG